AUGAAUGGCAGGCUUCUUUCCACGAGGGUUGCACCUUUGCUGCGCCAGUGGACCAUCGUUCGCACGCGCCUACUACACAACCAUGCUCAGACGAUUGCUGGCGGCCUGCUGAGGCCUGCUAGCCGAGUCCCUCCUCGACGGUGGCCACUCGGCUACAAUUCUAUACACAAUGUUCCCGCUGUCCGGUCGAUAUCGUUCGCGAGGAUCCUUCCCAGACUCGCCCUAAAGAUGGCUCGCAUCCCUGCAAUGUUCGGCGCAAGUAUGAUCGCUGGCUUGGCCUAUAUCCAGUAUCAAGCCGCCCAAGCCGGAACCUAUGCCAUGGAUAUCUUAAAAAGAGCGGGAGACCAAGUGUCCGAUACAUCUGCUAGCUUAUUUGGCGGUGCAAUGGGCAUCGCGGACCAGAUUGGCCAUGGCUGGCAGCGCACCAAAGAUGAUGCACAUCUCCCUGAAUGGCUACAACAACUUUUUCAAAAAGAGGAAGAGUCUGGUACUGGAGGAUCGGGACCCAAUCCGCCGCAGAAAGCUAGAGUGGGAGGCACUGCUGCCGCCUCGGGAGCGGCAUUGAUCCUGGGCGAAUCUGAAGAUCAGGAAGAACGACAGAAUGCCGAGAUUGCGAGGGAUGAUCAAAUGAUGGUGCUGACAAGAAAGAUGAUUGAGAUCCGGAGCAUUCUGAACACCGUGGGCCAGGGCGGCGCCUUGACGCUGCCGUCGAUCGUGGUCAUUGGCUCUCAAUCUUCAGGAAAAAGCUCUGUUCUUGAAGCGAUCGUCGGCCAUGAAUUCCUGCCUAAAGGUUCCAACAUGGUUACUCGACGGCCAAUAGAGUUGACGCUUGUCAACACCCCCAAUGCAAAAGCAGAGUAUGGGGAGUUCCCAGCUCUCGGCCUCGGCAAAAUCACCGACUUCUCCCAAAUCCAAAGAACUCUGACUGACCUCAACCUCGCUGUUCCGGCGGAGCAGUGCGUCACGGAUGAUCCCAUCCAGCUCUCUAUAUAUUCUCCCAACGUCCCAGACCUAUCGAUGAUUGACCUUCCUGGAUACAUACAGGUGUCUGGUAAGGAUCAGCCCGCUGAGCUUAAGCAGAGAAUUGCCGAUCUUUGCGAUAAAUACAUUCAGCCACCCAACGUCAUUCUCGCUAUCUCUGCAGCAGACGUCGACUUGGCGAACUCGACUGCUCUGAGAUCAAGCCGACGGGUUGAUCCACGUGGCGAGAGAACGAUUGGAGUCAUCACAAAGAUGGACUUGGUGGACGCCAGCCGGGGAGUUGAGAUAUUGUCAGAUCAAAAAUACCCCUUGAGAUUGGGCUACGUGGGAGUCGUGUGCAAGAUCCCCCAAACGGCAGGGUUAUUCUCCCGCUCUGGGCAAAACAUCACCAAUGCGAUCGUUAAGAACGAACACGCAUACUUCUCAGCCCAUCCAUUACAAUUUGGACCGCAGUCGGAGCUUGCAGUUGGAACUACGACACUUCGGCACAAAUUAAUGCAUGUGCUCGAACAAACAAUGGCAGCUAGCCUUGCGGGCACCCGAGAUGCUAUCAUGCAGGAAUUGGAAGAAGCGACAUAUGAAUUCAAAGUCCAAUAUAACGAUCGGCCACUCAGUGCUGAAUCCUACCUGGCGGAAAGCCUGGACAGUUUCAAGCACUCGUUUAAAGAGUUUAGUGAAAACUUCGGCCGACCUCAAGUACGCGCCCUGUUGAAAGAGGUGCUUGAUCAGAGAGUGAUGGAUCUCUUGGCCAAGCGAUAUUGGAACAAACCAAUAGACGACCUAUCGCAGCCACCGUCGGAGGCAGACCCCCUCUCAGACCUACCGAAAGCAGACCCGGCUUCGCUUUAUUGGCAGCGGAAGCUGGACGCAUCGACCUCAGAGCUGACGAAGCUGGGUGUGGGCAGGCUUGCCACGACGGUGGUGGCGUCUGAGCUACAGAGUCAGGUGGACAGGCUGAUUGCCGCGUCUACAUUCGCGUCCCACCCGUACGCCCAGCGAGCGAUUGUGGAUGCUUCAUCCAGUAUCUUGAAUGAUCGCUUCUACAGCACGAGUGAUCAGGUUGAGAAUUGCAUCAAACCAUUCAAAUUUGAGAUCGAGGUGGAAAACAACGAAUGGGCCAAGGGCCGCGAGAACGUGGGGGGUGUACUCAAAGGCGAACUCAAGGCUUGUGAAGCGGCACAGAAACAACUUGAAGCCGCUGUCGGCUCCCGGAAACUCCGAGACGUCACGUGCUUUAUCGAUCGGAUCAGGAAAGGGGACGUUGUCCUCGAAGGUGAUGGAAGUGGAGGGGCAGGCGGGUUUUCGUCCGCGCUGCUGCAAAAAGGUCGAGAAGCCGUCUUCCUCCGGGACCGAGCCGAGAUCAUCAAGAUGCGACUGCUUGCCGUAAGAUCGAAGCAAUGUGCCAACGUCAAAAACAAGUACUACUGCCCGGAGGUCUUCCUCGACGUCGUCGCGGACAAGCUCACCUCGACGGCAGUGCUCUUCCUCAAUGUCGAGCUUCUAUCGGAGUUCUAUUACAAUUUCCCUCGCGAGCUUGACAUCCGGCUUGGUCGCCAGCUGGAAGCGGCGGAGAUUGAGCGGUUCGCGCGCGAGGAUCCCAGGGUCCGCCGGCACCUGGAUGUGAUCAAGCGCAAAGAGAUGUUGGAGCUAGUAUUGUCCAAGAUUGAGAGUCUGCGGCAGCUGGAGGGUCGAGCCAAGCCGCAGGCAGCCACACCAACAGUGCAGGGAAAGGGCCAGGGGCGGUGGAGCUUGUUUUGA